AUAAAAGACGAAGAAUCGGUGAAAAAUAAUUUAUUUAUUCUCAAAAUAUCUGAUCAUUAUGUUGCGUACUUCGAUAAAUCAAGGUAUACGACAAAUUAGCCGUAAUAUGUCUGAGAUAAAAUGCAAACGACUAGAAGGAAGAACAGCAAUUGUCACAGCAUCGACAGACGGGAUUGGUUUUGCGAUAGCGAAACGUUUGGCUCAGGAAGGUGCUAAAGUGAUGAUCAGUAGUCGUAAAGAAUCAAACGUAAAAAAAGCAGUAGAACAACUGAAAUCCGAAGGUUUAAGUGUCAGUGGUGUCAUAUGUCAUGUUGGUAAAAAAGAGGAUAGGGAAGCUCUUCUUAAAAAAACGGAGCAAGAAUUUGGUGGUUUGGACAUUCUUGUAUCGAAUGCAGGCAUAAAUCCAGUUGCAACUACACUUUUCGAAACUCCUGAAGAAGUAUGGGAUAAAAUUUUUGAUAUCAAUGUUAAAAGCUCGUUUCUCUUACUGAAAGAGUCCUUAUCACUUUUAAGAAAGAGCAAGUCUCCAUCGAUAAUCAUUAUAUCUUCAGUCGCAGCAUAUAAACCAUUUACUGUACUCAGUGCAUAUAGCAUCAGCAAAACAGCAUUGUUAGGGCUGACUCAAGCAGCUGCUGCUACUCUUGCAUCUGAAGGGAUUCGCGUGAAUUGCAUAGCGCCUGGUAUUAUAAAAACCAAAUUUUCACAACUGCUUUACGAAGGUGAUACUGGAGAUGGAACAUUAUCGAUUAUACCAAUGCAAAAGUUUGGAAUUCCAAACGAUAUAGCAGCAGUUGCUUCAUUUUUAGCAAGUGACGAUGCUGGCUAUGUUACCGGUGAAACGAUCCUUGCUACUGGUGGAAUGCAAUGCAGACUUUAAAUAUUUCUUGUAAAACUGUAUUUUUAUUAUCUGAAUAUUCUUUUAUUUUAUAUUAAUUUUUGUAUAUUCAAUUAUAUACACAUUGCAAUUACGUUGUUAAUUUCUAUGAAGGAUUUAAAUAAAAAAUUAUUAUAGAGCUCUGUAGAGCUCAAUGGAUAUAGUACAUCAAAA